CGGGGGGGCGCCGGAAGUGCCUUGCGGGAGAGGCCUGGCGGGGCGGCCAUGACGCUGCCGGUGUUCCUGGGCUGCGCGGGGGUGGCCUUCGGGCCCGCGCUGGCCCUCUUCCUGCUCACCGUGGUCUCGGAGCCGCUCCGCGUCAUCGUCCUCAUCGCCGGGGCCUUCUUCUGGCUGGUCUCGCUGCUCCUCUCCUCGCUGCUCUGGUUCGUGGCCACGGCGGCCAGCGACCCCUCGAACCGCCCGCUCCAGGAGGGCCUGCUGGCCUUCGGGCUCGUCGUCUCCGUCCUCCUCCAGGAGGCCUUCCGCUUCCUCUACUACAAGCUCCUCCGGAAGGCCAUCGAGGGGCUCCUGGCCCUGAGUGACGAUGGAUGCUCCCCCAUUUCUAUCCAGCAAAUGGCCUAUGUGGCCGGCCUGGGCUUUGGGCUCAUGAGCGGGGCCUUCUCCAUGAUCAACUUGCUGGCCGACUCCCUCGGACCGGGCACCGUGGGCAUCUAUGGGGACUCGCAGCUCUAUUUCCUGACUUCAGCCUUCAUGACUCUGGUCCUGAUCCUACUGCACACCUUCUGGGGAAUCAUCUUCUUCCACGGCUGUGAGACCCGGCGCUGGUGGGAAGUGGCAGCCGUGGUGAUCUCCCACCUCAUCGUCUCCUGCCUGACCUUCUUGAACCCGCUCUACCUGGCCAGCCUCCUCCCGGCCUACCUGCUGAUGGCGGGGGCCGCCGUCUGGGCCUACCUCAUCUCGGGGGGCUCCAAGCAGAACCUGCGCCACCUCCUCCUGUGCCUGCGGCGCGAGACCAACCCCCAGCCGGCAUCCUGAGCCCCCCUCCCCACCUUGUGUACAGCUCGCCUUCAUUCCAACCCGUUGUAGUGUCGCUGCUGUGCCUUCAGGAGCUUGGCUGGAUCCUCGGGACAAACUUCAGCAGGACCUUCGGAGUGUGGAAAAGGCUUUACAUCCCCCCCUCCUUUGAAUGAUUGGGGGGGUCACAGGGUGCUGGAAACUCUUGGGCGUUUGUCUCCGGAGCGGAGAAGCCGAAAGGGUGGAGCCCCACCGGGAGGGGCCUGUUGGUGCCUCUUUCAGCCCCCAGGAAAGACAAGGGCAUCUGGGAGGCUGGAGGGACUUUUGGGGGGGAUUAUAGGAUAUCCAAGGGGACCAGGGGGCCCGUUCCAUCUUUUGAGACACGUAGAGGGCCCACAAAAUGCACUCGCAACAAUAAAGAAAGGUUGUGGACAAA